CAUCUUCGCUCCGUCAGCUGUCAGAAAAUUAGAAAAAUACUAAAAAAUUAUAUUGAAAACAAUAUUCAGCGUUUUAAAUUAAAUUUUGUGGUAAAUAUUAAAUUGUUGCUUAAAAAUAAUGCUUUCCGAUGGGCACUGAAGGCUUACGCAUUCGGUUCGAGUGAUUUACCUAGAAUUUACCCAAAGGUUUUGCGGAAAACCGAAUCAGUUCAUUGCGCGGGAGCUAUUGUUUACAUUUUCUCAUUGCUCCGAGGCGACGACGGAUCGUGGAUAAAAUUUCCUGGAACCUGGAAUAGAUGGACAAUUGCCAUAAUUAUGCCACGACCUCGAAAAAGAGGCGAAUCCCCAUAUCAGACGACAUUCACAUAAUCAUCAAGAAGUUCCGGGAUAAGGACAAGCACGAUGAGAAACCCUCGACAUCCGGAGACCAUGAUUAUGACGACGAGCACAGUAUGGAUUCUGAGGAGCUGAGGCGAAUCCGACAGCAAGAGCCAUCGUCAUCUUGCGUGGCUCCAAGUGCCUCGUCGAGCAACAGCAAUAGCGGAGCCAUGAAUAAUGUUAUGGGAACAAUAAUGGCUAGUGGAACUGGAAUUACCAUCGGCACGGGUGGAAUUGCUAUGCAGCAGCAGCAACCAGUUUCCUCGCAGUCCGACGAUAUCAAGCUGAUACUGAAGAAGCUGACCAAUAUCGAGGAACUGCUGAAGGUGGUGGCAGAGCAGAGCUUUAACCGGUUAGCUGCUUUGAAGCAGGAAGCCGGUGGGGCGACGACGGUGGUUCCUACAACGGCCACCAAUCUGGGACUGAUGACCGAACCUAACUGCAUCAGUAUGGAGGCCAGUUUCAAGUUUCCUCUGAGGACACUGAAGGAACUGAUCGAACUGAACAAGGGUAUAUGCAGCGACGAAAGUCUGUACAAUAAGCUGUUCGAGUAUCUGACCAAGAUUAAGCUAGAAUGUGAUGAAAACAUCGUGAUGAACGCCCUGGCGUUGAUUGUCAGCGACGAGGUAUUGGACGCUGUCACGUGGGACGGAGGGAAGAAGUUUAAACUGUCCUCGUUGGUGAUCUUCAGUGACUCUUUGUAUGUUGCCUGGUUCAAGGAUCGGCUCAAGUACGAUGAGUACGUAGCCGAGAUGAAGGACGCCAUCGACAAGUCCCACAAACGAUUUGCCAAGAUGAAGACGAAAAAGAUAUCUCAACAGCAGCAACACCAAACAUUGACAUUGACGACGGCCACAGGGACUACCACGGCCACUGUCGUCAGCGACGGUCAGCUCUUCCUAACGUAGUUUAUUGAUCUCUCAUCCCACGCUUCAUCGCUAAUGGCCAGGUAUGCCAAAAUUUUAUUAUUAUUCAUUUGAGUAUAAUGAGGACAGACUUGUGGUAUCGGUACCGUGGUACAAUUAUCUUAAAAAGAGUGUCACAAUGAUUAUUGUCUUUGUUAAAAGCUUUGGCAUUAUUUCCUUGUCAUCUUGCAUCAUGGUGCUCAUACCAAAAAUGUGUCCUUAGUAUUAUAUCCAGUCAUUUUGUUGUUUUAAACACUGCUACACAAUUACACAUUAUUUCCUUUUAAAAGUCCCAACAUAAGUUUCGACUAUGUUUCGAUAUGACCCAUCAGAAACUGAUCAAAAAGAGAUUACAUAUAAGAUAAUAAUUGUUUUUCGUGGCAAAGAUCCAACCGCAAAAAGAGCAUGUUUUAGUCCUAGAAAGAGUGUGAUCGAUUACAAAAAAAAUGGUUUUGCAACACACAAUUAAGAAAACUAAUACACAAAUAAAAAGGAAAGUUUUAAAUAAAUCAUUGAAAAAUA